AGAAGGACAGGAGCAAAGGCACUUGCUCAGGACAAUGAAACUCCUCAGUUAUAUUUUGCUGUAUCGCCGGCUCCUUCUCGUAGUCUUAACUGUGUUGGGUUUACUGCCACUUCCUCUCAUUCUGCGCCAAAAGGAAGCAGAAUGUGCCUACACACUCUUUGUUGUGGCUGUAUUUUGGCUCACAGAGGCUUUGCCUCUGUCAGUAACAGCUUUGCUGCCUGGUUUAAUGUUCCCUCUGUUUGGGAUCAUGUCUUCUACCAAGGUAGCAUCGGCUUAUUUCAAAGAUUUUCACCUGCUGCUAAUUGGAGUCAUCUGCUUAGCAACAUCGAUAGAAAAAUGGAAUUUGCACAAGAGGAUUGCUCUGAGAAUGGUGAUGAUGGUGGGUGUGAACCCGGCAUGGCUCACACUGGGGUUCAUGAGCAGUACUGCCUUCCUGUCUAUGUGGCUUAGCAACACCUCUACAGCUGCCAUGGUGAUGCCCAUUGUGGAGGCUGUAGCACAGCAGAUCAUCAGUGCUGAAGCAGAAGCGGAGGCCACUCAGAUGACUAAUUUCCAAGGAGCUUCCAACCCCGGACUGGAAAUUGAUGAAACUGCUAUUGUGUAUGAAAUAAAUGAGAGUAAAGAGAAAACAAAAUCAGUUCCAGGAUACAGUAAUGAUGAUGCAGAAAAAAAUUCAAGCAAGACAGAGGUGGAAAAGAACUCAGGCACAGGAACCAAAUAUCGAACAAAGAAGGACCAUAUGAUGUGCAAACUUAUGUGUUUAUGUAUUGCUUACUCUUCUACCAUUGGUGGACUAACAACGAUCACUGGGACCUCCACUAACUUAAUCUUUGCUGAGCAUUUCAAUGUACGCUACCCUGGAUGUCAUUGCCUCAACUUUGGAUCAUGGUUUGUGUUUUCCUUCCCGGCUGCCAUUAUAAUUCUACUGUUGACCUGGGUCUGGCUCCAGUGGCUUUUCCUAGGAUUCAAUUUCAAAGAGAUGUUCAAAUGUGGCAAAACCAGAACAGCCAAAGAAAAAGCUUGUGCUAAUGUGAUUAAGGAAGAAUACCAAAAGCUUGGACCAAUGAGGUAUCAAGAAAUUGUGACCUUGGUGCUCUUCAUUAUAAUGGCCCUGCUGUGGUUUACCCGGGAGCCCGGGUUUAUUUCUGGUUGGUCUGUGCUUUUUUCACAGUACCCUGGUUAUGCUACAGAUUCAACUGUUGCCUUACUUGUAGGACUCCUAUUCUUUCUUAUCCCAGCUAAGAUAUUGACUAAAACUACACCUACAGGAAAAAUUGUUGCUUUUGAUUACUCUCCAUUGAUUACUUGGAAAGAAUUCCAGACUUUCAUGCCCUGGGAUAUAGCCAUUCUUGUUGGUGGAGGGUUUGCCCUGGCAGAUGGCUGUGAGGCCUCUGGACUAUCUAAGUGGAUAGGAGAUAAGUUAUCUCCCCUAGGUUCAUUACCAGUGUGGCUGAUAAUUUUGAUAUCCUCUCUGAUCGUCACAUCUUUGACAGAGGUAGCUAGCAAUCCAGCGACCAUUACCAUCCUCUUCCCAAUAUUAGCUCCACUGUCUGAAGCCAUUCACGUGAACCCUCUUUACAUUCUGCUGCCGGCUACUCUUUGCACUUCAUUUGCUUUUCUCCUACCAGUAGCAAACCCACCCAAUGCCAUUGUGUUUUCAUAUGGCCAUCUCACAGUCGUUGACAUGGUUAAAGCUGGACUUGGUGUUAAUAUUGUGGGUGUUGCAGUGGUAAUGCUUGGCAUAUCCACCUGGAUGGUACCCAUGUUUGACCUCUACACUUACCCUUCUUGGGCUCCUAUAAUUGGUAAUCAGACGAUACCAUGAUAAGCAAAAGUUCUAUUUCAUGGUGACUUUUGGGAACCAUUAGGCAUUCAUUGUAAAAUGUGGUUCUGCAAAACUGGUGAUACCUUCAAUCAGAUCUGGUGUACCAACUGUGAUGCCAGAAACAUCCAAAACCUACCGUCUAGACUUGGAGCCCAUUUUUCUUAUGAAAUGCAACCACAGAACAUCCACCGGCCUUCAGUGAGCAGCAGAUGGUUGAAUUUUGAUUAGGGACUAUCUGCAUCUUGCUUCCUCUGAAGUAGGUAUAAUUUAUUACUUGAUCUUCACUGAGAUUUGGCCAUAAACUUUGCCUUACAAUUGGUGUCCAGUGAAACAUUUCAAGUAUCAAUAUAUUAUUUCAGAAACUUACCAUAAAGAAAAAACUAGAAAAUAAAAUAUCUCUGUUAAUUAGGUACUUGGAUAAAUCAUGUCUGUAGAGUUAUUCAAGUGAGUUUGCUAAACCACAAAAGUCAUGGUUUAAUCCAAAUGAAAUGUACAUUUCUAUUUGGAUUAUUAAUUGGAGUACUUUCAUAAAUAUAUAUACAUAUAUAUGAAAUCUAUGUAUAUUUUUAUUAUGAUAGGCAUUUUCCAUGAACUUUUGGAAGACCCCACUCAAUCGCAUGGAUGUCAAAUAUUUUUGUACCAAAAUAAACUUAUAUUUUAAUUCCAUUUCCACAAAUUUUUGAAGUAUCUUCCUAGUACAGUAUGAAAAUUUAAAGUAGUAUGUAAUUUAAAAAUUUUAUGUGAAUCCACUAGAAAAUCAAUUGAUAAGUAUUAAUUUCUACUUGAUUCUAUGGGUAAAUUAAUAUAAUUAAUUCUUUUAUGACUUCAGGGCACUGAGAAACGUUUUUUACCGAUGCUGAUAAAGUUUGCUGUGAUUUGCACUAUUUGCACAGUAUAUUUAGAAAGGAAAACCAAACACUAUAAAACUGUUAGCACAUUUUUAUGUAUGUGCAAACAACUUGUGUUUAUUUUGUUUUAGAAAUGCAUAACAUCCUAUUUAUAAAAAGAAAAUGUACAAAAUUAAACGAACUAACACUACAUUCAGAAAUAGAAAAAGUCAUGUAAUUCCAUUUUAUCAACAUUGAAUAAAACAUCAGAGGGAAAUAAAGAAUAAUAGUUAAAAUGUAACAUAUUUACAAAAGAUAAAAUUCACUAAUAAGCAAACAAAAAGCAAAACAACAACAACAGCAACAGAAAACAUCCCAAAUAUUCAAAUAAAAGGAGAACAACCUUGUAGCACUCAGGAUGUGAAAAAGAGUAAGGUCUACAGGUGUUGCAAAAUUAUGUGAAACGAAAAGAUAUAGACUGCAAGUAAAAUACAGCUAAUAGUGAAAGACAGAGAAGUUAGAUCACAGCAAUUCUCAUAAUAAAAAUAAAAUGGAAGAUAAGGUCAAAAAAUUUUGAUAUUUUUCAUCUUCAUAAAUAUCUUCCUAUACAUUGCAGAACUACUUCCUUUGUUUUUUGCAGAUAAGAUUAUUUAUGCAAUUAUUCUUCAAAAGUUAGCAGUAAGUUAUUGUUUAUUUAAAAGCAAGUAGAAGAAGGGAUUUUGAAUGUUCUCACCACAAAGAAAUGGUAAAUGUCUGAGGUGCUGAUUAUUCCAGUUAUCCUGAUCUGAUCAUUACUCGUUGUAAGCAGAUGUCAAAAGAUCACACUGUUCCUAAUAAAUGUGUGCAACUAUGGUGUGCCAAUUAAAUAUUUUAAAAGCAAAAUAUAAAGAGGUUUUUAAAAUUAUAUUUCUUUCAAAAUUAUGUAUUCUGAAUAAUUAUUCACGUUCAUUAUUUGUUGAUUAAUUAGUUAAUACAAUAUUAUUUUUCAAAGAAAAAUGUGUCCACUUAAACCUAAACUAUCAUAUUUCUGCUUCAUGUAAAUCUUCUGUGUUUAUGAUAUUCACUUAUUCUUUUCCCUAUCAUAGGUUACACGCUUAUUAUGAUCCAUAAUAUUGAUUACAUUUCUGCUUUCUUCUCAUCAUUCAGUU